CUGCCGAAAAAUGAUACGGUUGCGAACGUAAUUAUUAUACGUUAGGACGAACUGGAACUGGAACCUCUGCAAGUUCGGCCGGAAAGAGCGCGGCUUAUGGGCCGCUGAAUCUCUACGUGCGACUCGCUCGAGCCUCGAGCGCGUGGUAAACAUGUCACCGGUGCGAGAAAGUCUGCGCGAUUCCAGCGGCGAGUCCGGCUCGGAGUCCGACAACGCCUCCGCGUCCUCGAGAUCGAGCCGCAGCGGUAGCCGGGCGUCGCAGGCCCCGGUGCAGACGUCGAGCAACGCCAGGAGCGAGCGCUCCGAGGACGAGAACGGCGCGCCAGCCUCGCCCGCGUCCAACGCCAGCGGCAGCCGCGUCUCGAGGUCCGCCAGCCGGAGCCCGGUCGGCUCGAACAAGUUGGACGGCAGCCGCAAGUCGGAGAGCCGCUCCGGCUCGGGCUCGAGGCGCUCGAGCGUCGGCUCCGUCCAGAGCGACAAGUCCGGCUCGCCGCGGUCCAGGAGUGGCACGCCGAAGUCGGUGGCCUCCCGCAGCUCGGCGGACUCCCGCAAGUCCCCGCGCUCGCGCUCGCAAUCCCCGCGCGGCAGCGCGCGCUCCUCGAGGUCGAGAUCGGCGGAGAGGAAGUCCAAGACCCCGGCGUCCCCCGCGUCCAACGCCUCCGGCUACGAUUCCCCGAGGGGCCGUCGGUCUCGCAGCGGGUCUUCCCAGAGGAGCAACAAGUCGGCGGGCUCCGCGAGUCCGGCGGAGAGACGGUCCAACUCUUCCGCGUCCUCGCGCAAGUUCGACGAGACGGCGAAGAGGGAAGGCUUGGAGAAGCCUGACGACAAGAGGUCGGUGUCUAAGAGCCCGAGGAACGACAAGAGUGACAAUGAGUCGAACAAGUCUUUCAAGCAGACAGAUAACGAUCAAAGUCCCAAAUCUGACGAGAGCGACGAUGAAGAGCACCCCAAGGCUAAACGGCAACGUAGCAGUUCUGGCUCGGACACCGGGAAGACUGUUAAACGAUCUAAACCGGUGAUACACUCGGAUUCGGACAAUGAGGCAGCUGACAAGGAAAACGGCGCCGCUCCAACUGCGGACGCGCUGUUCGGCGACGCGAGUGACAUUAGCACGGACGACGAGAAGGAGAAGAAGGAAGAAGAGAAGGAAAAGGAACGGAGUCGCAGCCGGAGCAGGAGUAGAAGCAGGAGUCGUAGCAGAAGCAAGAGCCGAAGCAGAAGUAGGAGCAGGAGUAGGAGCAGGAGCAGAAGUCACAGCCGCGGCAGAUCCGAGAGCGGUGGCGAAGGCCCGAGCCAUCGAGCCGUUAUCGAAGACGAGGAGGACAAAGAUAAGGAGGACGAACCAGAGCCACCUCCGGAGACUCGAAUCGACGUGGAGAUCCCGAAAAUCACCACCGAUCUGGGGCGCGAGAUUCACUUCGUGAAGCUGCCGAAUUUCCUGUCUGUCGAAACGAGGCCGUUCGACCACGAGACGUACGAGGACGAGAUCGACGAGGAGGAGACCCUAGACGAGGAGGGUCGCGCUCGAUUGAAGCUCAAAGUUGAAAAUACGCUGAGGUGGAAGGAGCUAUUUAACGACGAGGGCAAAAUGGUGAAGCAAAGUAACGCGAGAUUCGUAAAGUGGUCGGACGGUAGCAUGUCCUUGCAUCUGGGUUCGGAGAUCUUCGAUGUGUACAAACAGCCGCUGCAGGGCGAUCACAACCACCUCUACAUUCGCCAAGGUACAGGUCUGCAGGGUCAAGCGGUAUUCCGUACGAAACUGACAUUCCGGCCGCAUUCCACCGAAUCGUUCACGCACAGGAAGAUGACGAUGUCUCUGGCCGAUAGGUCGCAGAAGACUUCCGGCAUUAAAGUUCUCUCCCAAGUGGGAAUGAACCCAGACCAGAAUAGAUACGAGAUGAUAAAGAAAGAAGAAGAGAAGCUGCGUAUGGCUAUGCGAGUUCAAAAAACGAAGAAAAGUACCGGUGGCAUUAGGAACACUAAUCGUGCUGCAGGGGCGUACAGUGGUGACGCUUAUCACGAUGACGGUUCCGAUGAUGAGGGUGCAAUUUCGUUAGCAGCCAUAAAAAAUAAAUAUAAAAAGGGAGCGAUUCCUUCUAAAGCAUCGAAUAUUUAUUCUUCGGAUGAGGAGGGUUCGGACAUCGAGACACACAGACCCAAGAAGAAUAUUAAAGGGAAAGUUCUUAAAGAUUCUGACGAAGAAUCCAAUACUGAAAGUUCUGCGGGUAGCGGUGGAGAUGAUAAUCAAGUUGAUGAUGCGAGUGAUUGAAAAUGUAUAUAUAAUUCAAAA